CACACAUCGUCCUAGUCUGGUCUUUUUGCAUGGAAUUUCUAUCGCAAACCUAUGUCGCUCUUCGUGGCCCAACUGGCGCCCCCCAGACAGCCGCAGAAAUCGUUGGGAAGCUCAUUGAUAGGCUUUCUCCUGCGACGUUACUCGCAGAUCGCCGCGCAGCAGUGCUCGCUUUGAAGGGACUUUCCAGAGAUCACAAGCAAGAUGUCGGCGAACGCGCUCUGCCAGGCCUUUUACAAGUUCUUUACAACGAUGCCGAGGUCGAUCCAGACAUAGGUAAAGCUACAUUAGAAACCCUGACUAUGCUUUGUGAUGUGGAGGAGGAGAGGGACUUGGGAUUCAAAAACACGGAUGCGAUCUUGGAGAAUGAGCAAGCUUUACAUGCGCUUAUGGCUCUUUUGGCUGAUAAUAACUUCUAUACACGUUUUGCGACGUUGCAAUUCCUAUCUAUUUUGCUGCAAAAUCGACGACAGCGUGUCCAAUCCUACUUCCUCACCGCUCCAUCCGGUUCUAGGAGUAUCAUCGCGGUUUUGGAGGAUAAACGGGAGAUCAUUAGGAACGAGGCUAUCGCUGUUGUCAAGUCGUUGAUCACACAAAGCGCUGACAUUCAAAAGGUUCUCGCGUUCGAGGGCGCUUUCGAAAAGUUAUUCAACAUGGUCACUCAAGAAGGAGGUGUUGAUGGUGGAGCGGUCACUGAGGAGGCACUCAUAUGUCUAGACAGCUUCCUCCGUUUUAAUUCAUCAAAUCAAACCUAUUUCCGCGAAACGGGGCUACCAUCAUCACUCUUAUCUCUGCUCCUCUUUCCUCCUAAUAUGUCGAUGCAAGAACUUGGUCCUCAAGAGUUCGCACUACAGUUUUGGGAUGAUCAGAAGCUUGCCAACGCGUCUGCUGUGGUCGGAAUCAUAGGCUUGCUCGUUGGUUCUAAAGGCGCACAAGAACAACCAGCAUACAUUCGUUGUCUCAUCGAAAUGGCUUUGGCCUCAAAUGCACCAACAGUACUCAAAACCAAGGCUCUUACCUCAUUACCUUCAAACCUCAACUUUCCAAUGUCCGACUUCAUUCUGACACCUUACAUGCCGGUACCAGAAACCAACGGUGAAGAAUGGGAUAGAUUAGAAGCUGCAACUGCCUUAGAUGCCCUCGUUGAGCUCGCAUUACAUGGUGAAUACAACGGCAUGGACGCUCAUAAGAGGUUGUCUGGUGGCCUGAUGAUGAGAGCUGCUGCAGUUAGUGUCUUUGAGAACUUUGUCCGCAAGGAGGAAAGAAAACAAGCGUUUAUCCAAAGACUGGUACCUCACGUUGGCUCCGAAUUACUACCGAAUCCGCUGAUUCAGUCUCUGGUGAUGAUCCCGAAUUCUGACACACCGUUGGAUCCUGUUAUGGUCGCCUCAACUCAUUUCGCCUCUUUACUUUUCUCCCACCUUCUCCGCAACUCUCCUCGUUGCAAGUCCCUUGCGCGUUCGAUCAAACCUCAACCCGCCACAGGCUCAGACACUGGUAACUUCUUUGUACCGGCCGAUACAACAGCCCCUCAGGCUCCCAUUCCAGCCGAAACCUUGGCAGAAGAUGAUGAGCCCCCGCAGACACUGUGUCAAAUUAUGACGGAGAAUCUGUCCUUGUCGUUAUUGGCACGAUCAAGAGCGAAUAAUUCGGACCGAGAAGCGAGAGAAUGGGAUAGGCUGAUCGUGGCAUACCUUUGUCUGCUAUCACAAUGGCUCUGGGAAGAGCCAGGGGCUGUGAGGGAUUUCUUGGAUGCUGGUGGUUUGGGAAUCCUCGUCGAACCUGUCAACUAUGCCUCAGAAGGCGAUUUGGUUGUACCCGGUCUUUGUCUUUUCUUGCUUGGUAUAUGUUACGAAUUCAACCGUGAACCGGGCGAAAUUACCAGGAACACCACAUAUCCUAUCCUCAAUCGCCUUGGUGUGGACACACUGAUCGGGCGAAUGUCUCGCUUGCGGGAGGAUGAACGAUUUAAAGCUGUCAGCCCUGAGAUUUCGGUCUUACCAUUCAACACCACCCCCGUCUCUCAUCUUCAAAAGCCCGAAGAACAGGAAGGAGAAAUAUGGUUUGACUGGGCGUUUGUCGAUUUUUGGAAGUCGACUUAUUACACGGUUCAGAGAGGUCUGUCAACUGAACCUGACCAAUUGGCUUCUGCGUCAAGCGGUCAAACGACGGAAUUGACGAUGUUGGUUUCGUCACUCCGAGAAGUAAUCCGUACCCAGUCGGGAGAGAUCGAGUCUUUGAACGCGCAACUGAAACAGACACUCUCCUCGAAUGAUCAGCUCGCAACACUUCAAAAAGAUAUCGCCAAGUUGACUAUAGAGCUUCAAGAAUCUGAAGAAAAGCGUAAAGAGACAGAUAGAGAGCACGAAGACUUACUUGUAUUGGUCGACGAGCUCUCGGGCAAGCACGCUCAGGAUAAAGCUAGAAUGAGGGAAGCCGGAUUAGACGUUUCCGAAGACGAAGGCGAGGACGGGGACGACGACGAGUAAUGUGGCAAAUAUGUCAUCGAUUCGAAGAGUCUGGGACAGCUGUUGUAUUUAUUGUUCAGUAGACAUCCUGGUUAUUGGUGUUAAUAUCUAGUCGUAGAAAGUUCCAUGGAGAAUGCAAAGGGGGGGAACCAUUAU